AUGAGCUCUGAGGGGCUGCGGAACUGGCGCGGCGAGAUCAUCCAGUCCAAAGCGACGACGACCGCUAGCUCUGAGAGUGUUGCGAACAAAGGAUCUUCGCCUGCUCACGGAUCUAAGUCGGACCCGUCCUCGCCUCCUUCGGAUGAUCGACAUCCGGCUCAAAAGAAGGUGCUUCGCAAGGACGAGUUCGGUCGCGAUGUAGAAGUUGUAGUCGACGAAAAGAGUCGCAAGAGAUCCAAGGUCGAGCGGAAAGAGGACAGGAAGAAGGAGCGGAAACACAAGCACAAACACAAAAAGAAGCACAAACACCAUCGAGACAAGAGUAGUGAUAGGUCGAGAUCGUCGAGCCCUCGGGGUCGGCUUGUUGGCACGCCGCCGCCGGCAGAUCCGUUCCGUCCACAGCUGGACGAAGAUCGAGGCAGACGUCUACACCGCCGCACCCAUCACAGAAAUCGGACCCGAAGCCGUAGCAUACCCAGGAAGGGUUAUUCGCGCCGCCACAGCCGAAGCCGAAGCCGUGGAGACGACAGUCCCACUCGUUGGAGCUCCUCCCGAAGUCGUAGCAGGAGUCGAGGGCGGCACCGUAGUCCGAGUUCUCCACCUUCUAGAUCGCAUCACAGGCAUUCAUUGGCCUCAGUGGAGCGCAAAUGGACUCACAACGCUUUCGACGAUCGCAGUCCAAGUCCACCCCGACGAGUUGAUCCACUCUAUCGACCGGAACCUGAAACUUGGGUUUCACGAGCAGGAGGCGUGUACUUACCUCGCAAAUAG